AUGGCGGAGGGUUGGGCGACGGCUCUUUCGCAGGCUUUCCAUGCUGACGACGAGGUGGCUUUCAUUGAUGAGCUGCAGAAAGCAUUGCUGGACAGCUAUCAGCAUGCGCGUGCGAUGCUGGCAGCUGUGAAGGCGGAUUCCGACUCCUUCGGCCGAUUCGGGCUUCGCUGCUUGGCGCGGCUUCUGCAGGCGGAGGCGUCGGCUGGGCGGUCCCAGUCCCUCUCUUUGCUGGCAGACCUCGGCCCAGGCAAUGAAGAUGAGGGUGGCGGACAGCUGCAGCAGCUCCUGUUGCAGCUGACGACGUCUUCCGCAGGCGAGGGGCUGAAGCUCUUGGUCCGCGUUUGCGCGGCCUGGGGCGUGCGCACCGCGGACCAGCUGGGCGCUGAGGUGCGGGCCGCCCUGGAGGCCUCCAUCCUGCGCGGCGCCGCGGAGCCGGGCGGCUGGGGCCUCGCUGCGGUGGCUGCGGCGGCGCUGCCGGGUCUGGCGCCGGAGGUGCCGCGCCAAGUGCUCCAGGCGGCGGACGAUGGGAGCCGCGACGAGGCAGUGGAGCAGCUGGCCAAAGGUCUCGACGACGAGACAAAACGUCUUCUGGUAAAGCAGCGGCAGGCGGGCGGACGCCUGAGGGCAGCGGCGAAAGCGGUGCAGGCGCUGGGCCUUCAAGAGGAGUUCCCAGACGCAGAGCUGCGCUGGAAGGCGGAGGCCUUGGAGGCCGCAAUACGCAAAGGGCGGAAGGAGGCCAUGGUGGGCUUGAGCUGCCAGGAGCCGUCCUUGCACGCUGGCUGCGUGGAGGGCCUUUUGAAAUGCGGGGAGGUGGAGCUGGCAGCGGACCUUGCAGCUGCCUGGGGCUGCCCAUUGCCCUCGGAGGACUUGGUGAUCACCGCCAAGCGGAAGCGGGAGGCUGAGUGCCUGUGCCUCCCGGUGGAUGUCCCGAUCACCACCAUCAGCAAGGAGGCUGAUGUGGCCUCAUUGUCCUCGCUGCUGUCGGCGGAAGUCAUUGGCUUCGACCUGGAGUCCAGCAUGGGAGGACCCGGAGGCAGCCAGCCCACCCUGCUGCAGCUGGCAUCCGCCCGGGCCGUUUGCUUGGUGGAUUUGCUGGCCGUGGGCAACCUCCAGCCGCUGGCGCUGGCACUGGAGGAGCUUUUUGCGGCACCGAUGCCCAAAGUUGGCUUCGCGGGAGCGAGUGACCUAGGCAAGCUCGCCGGGGGCUUCCCUGGCCUGAAAGUGGCGGCAGAGCCCCUCGUUGACCUCCGAGAUCUCGAGGCCGACCGCCGUGCGGCAGCGAGUCAGCUGAGCAAGAAGAAGGCCCGGGAGGGAGUGAGCCUUUCGAGCCUGGCUGAGCAGUACCUCGGGAAGCCGUUGGACAAAACCUUCCAGGUUGGCGACUGGGCGCAGCGGCCGCUGUCAGAGGCUCGGGCACACUACGCUGCCCUGGAUGCCUGGGUACCGGUGCAGGCCAUGGCGCUGGUUCCGAGGCGCGACUCUGAUGCUGAGACGGCGAGCCUCAGCAGCGGGCGUGCCUCUGGUAGCCGCGACAGUGAGAGGAGCAGUGGCUGGCCAGUCCGUUGGAGAGAUCCGGAGGCCUCCCCUUGCAGCAGCCUCCAAGAGCGCUUGCUGGCGCGAGAGGCUCAGGCCCAGUGCCCUGAGGACGUCUACUGGGAGAGCAUUCUUGUGGUGCUCCCCUGCUUCUCGGGCUACGCAGCGCUCUUUGGGCUCCAGCAUGAGGUGAAGGCGCGGCUGCGCAUCGCGGACGACAGCUCUGCGGCCUCCCACCACUUCGGCGCGGCAGUGUCCUGUCUCUAUCUCUUUGGCCUCAUCUUUCGGAUUGGUCACAAGGUAGUCUUCAGCAGACUUCAUCCGCGAGCCCGAGUGCACGUGGCGCAGAUUUGCAUGAUGCUCUCCAUGCUUGUCAUGUCGGUGGUGGUUCUCACAAUGGAGUGCUACGACCUUUACUGGGUGAUCCUCGCGUACUCCCUGGGCGGGGCGGCCAUGGGCUCCUUCGAGUCCAACCUCUUGAACUGCCUCACGCCCUUUGGGCACAGGACCAAGCGGCUGGCCAUCUUGGGCAUUCCACUGGGUGUGAACAGCAUCCUGAUCGGAGGAUUCUUUCUCAUGGGCCCGCCCCUGCAGGUGCCGGUGACGGAGGUCUUUUUCGCCGUGGCGGUGCUGAACUUGCUGGGGCUGCUCGUCUUUGCGAUUUGGAUCCCCAGGCAUGGGGAAGCAGGCAUGGGCGGAGUUCGGGAGCUGCUGGCUGAUUGCAAGGGGUGCAGGCACUGGCUGCCGCAGCUGUGGCAUUAUCCUUUGGCCUUUGCGGUCGACACUUUCACCCUUGCGGGCUUCUCCCCCGGGCUCUCCUUGUACGUCUACAACAAGGAAGUGGUUCAGCUGACUGAAGGCUUCGUGUUGGAGACGAAGACGUUCUUCGCCUUCUACAAUACGGCCAACAUGCUGGGAGGCCUUUGCGGGCGCUGGCUCAGCUAUCGCUUGCCACAGCGCCACCCUGCGGUCUAUGUCGGCUUCAACGCCUUGGGCGCUGGCUUGCUGCUGCUGCGCCGGCCCGUGCUUGCUCCGGCUGGUGCCUUCCUCGUGAUGCUCGGCGACGGGCUCAUCUAUGGCACCAUCAGCCGACAUGUGGACACCGCCAUCCCGCAGGAGUUCAAUCUCAUCGCCAUUUCCUACUGGCUCUUCGUAGGCUGGGCUUGGGCACAGUCGUGCCUCAUGCGGGCUCUGGCUCUUAUGCUGGACCUGGCUGGACUGGCGGACCAGCUGGGCUUGCUGCCGCGGCUGCAGCGCAAGCCCUGGGUCCUGUUGAACGACCACCGCGCUGCCAUGGAGGAGGCGCUGCAAGUCGGCAGCGACGACCUGCUUCGCAUCCUGGCCAAGUGGCUGGCCGACUUCUCGCCGGCGGCGGUAGGUCUUGCGCAUGUCAGCGGCACCGUUUACCUGGCACCGGCCCUGGAAGAUGCAGGGCUGACGCCGGAGCAGGUGCUCAUAGCCAACCUCUUCUCCCACGGAGAGAUGGGCCUCGACGCCUUGGCAUCGCCAGCGCUUCCUGAUGCACAGGCCUUGUCCAUCCUCCAGGAGCUCGCAACCUUUUCGCGCGUGCGGUGGAUGCGCACUGACGUGGAGGUCCCUUGGCCGGAAGCGGCCGUGCCGCUUCCGCAGGACAAGGUGGGCAUGCUGAAGCCAGUGCGCCGCAGUGUGCUGAAGAAGCACCCGCUGCUGCGCGACGAGAUGGGCGUCACCGCGCAGGGCAAUUGCCUCCAGCACCCGAGCUUUGUGCAUCACGACAUCGAGGGUGACACCUUGGAGGAGAUGCAGAACUCAGCCGCCAGCAUCGCUGCAAAGCGUGGCUACGCGCCCGGCGGCGGCGCCACUGCGGGCUGCGCCCUGCGCACCGAGGCCGGGAUGCUGGUGUCGGGCUCCGAGGUGUCCGCCCGCUCCGGCGCGCAGAUCUCGCCCUUGCAGUGUGCCCUGGUCUCGCUGAGUGCCAACGGCUUGCCCCGGAGCUCCGUGCAAGACGUGGCCUGGUGCGCAAAUCAGCCCUGCAACGAGCUGGAGGAGCGCGAUCGAGCCCUUCUGGCCAGGCUUCUUCCGAGUGCUUCCUUCCGGGGAGUUCGUCUUGCCGAGUGA